AAUAAUGAAGGUGCACAUUAGUUUACUUUUCGUUGUGUGCACUUAUUUAAUUCUUAUGAUUCACACAACACCCUUGGAUAGAACACAAAUACACGAUGACUGGAGAAAACAUUCAUUGUCAGAAGAUGGUAUCAAGGUGUUGCAUCGUGCAAAAAGAGGAUGGAUGUGGAAUCAAUUUUUUUUACUUGAAGAGUAUACUGGUUCAGAUACACAAUAUGUUGGCAAGUUAUAUACUGAUCACGAUAAAGGAGAUGGAAAUUUAAAGUACAUUUUAUCUGGAGAUGGAGCUGGCAGUGUGUUUGUUAUAGAUGAAAAUACAGGAGAUAUCCAAGCUGUAAAGAGAUUGGACAGAGAAGAAAAGUCUAUUUACACUCUUCGAGCCAAGGCGAUAGACAGAAAAACAGGAAGACAAGUAGAACCUGAAUCCGAAUUUAUUAUAAAGAUUCAUGACAUUAAUGAUAAUGAACCAAAGUUUACCCAGGAUAUAUAUACUGCUACUGUCCCUGAAAUGUCAGAAGUUGGUUCAUCUGUGAUUCAGGUGACUGCCAUAGAUGCUGAUGAUCCUUCCUAUGGUAAUAGUGCUAAAAUUGUGUACAGCAUUAUUCAGGGACAGCCAUAUUUCUCAGUUGAUGCUGAUACAGGCAUAAUCAAAACUGCUUUGCCAGACAUGAGCAGGGAGAACAGGGAACAUUACCAAGUGGUUAUUCAGGCCAAAGAUAUGGGCGGCCAGAUGGGAGGAUUAUCUGGGACCACCACGGUGAACAUCACACUGACUGAUGUCAAUGACAAUCCGCCUAGAUUCCCACAGAGCAUUUACCAGUUUAUGUCACUGGAGUCUGCUGCUGUAGGAACAGCAAUUGGAAGAAUAAAAGCCAAUGACGAUGACGUGGGUAAAAAUGCAGAGAUCAAAUACACAGUUAUUGAUAGAGAUGCUAAAGACUACUUUGAAAUCAUCACAGACAAGAAAACACAGGAUGGAAUCAUAACAGUUAAAAAGCUGCUGGAUUUUGAAAGUCAUGGAAUGCACACAUUUGAGGUUGAGGCUGCUAAUACAUUUGAGGAUCCAAGAUUUUCACACCUUAGGUCAUUCAAGGAUACAGCUAUUGUGAAAAUUACACUGCAUGAUGUUGAUGAAGCACCCAUUUUUAACAGACCCUUUUAUGUGUUUGAAGUAAAUGAAGAUGUGAAAGAAGGCAGUAUAAUUGGCCAUGUAUCUGCUCAGGAUCCUGAUUCAACAAAAAGUUCUGUAAAGUAUAGCAUUGACCGUAACACAGACUUGGAGAGAAUAUUCAAUAUACACACAGGCAAUGGUUCUUUAAUUCUUGCUAAACCACUUGACCGUGAAUCAACACCAUGGCAGAACAUCACAAUAGUUGCAACUGAAACAAAAAAUCCCAGACUCAGUAGAAAUGUACAGGCCUAUAUUAAAAUACUGGACAUUAAUGACCAUGCACCAGAGUUUGCCCAACAUUACGAUACAUUUGUAUGUGAAAAUGCAAAGCCAGGUCAGCUUAUUCAAACAGUAAGUGCUGUAGACAAAGAUGAGCCUCUUCGAGGACAUACUUUUUUCUUUGAGAUGGUUCCAGAAUUUUCUGUCAAUCCAAACUUUACAGUCCUAGACAAUAAAGACAACACUGCAAGUAUCCUUACAAAGAGAAACAGAUAUAACCGGAAUAAAAUAAGCACAUAUGCAUUGCCAAUAAUUAUUUUUGACAAUGAUUACCCAGUUCAAAGUAGCACUGAAACGUUAACUAUACAAGUAUGUGCCUGUGACAAGAAGGGAAAUGUGCUGUCAUGCAAUGCAGAAGCCUUCUUACUCCCAGCUGGACUGAGCACUGGAGCAUUAAUUGCAAUUUUACUUUGUAUAUUGAUUCUUCUGACAUUAGUCAUCCUCUUUGCAGCUUUAAAGAGGCAACGAAAAAAAGAGCCAUUUAAAGUAUCAAAGGAUGAUGUGCGAGAUAAUGUUGUGACCUAUAAUGAUGAAGGAGGAGGUGAAGAGGAUACUCAAGCUUUUGAUAUUGGUGCAUUAAGAAAUCCUGAAUCCAGAGAGGAAAAUAAACCUAGAAGAGAUAUUAUCCCUGAUACUAUAUUCCACAUACAAAGAGCAGUUCCUCUGUGGGAAAAUGUUGAUGUACAGGAUUUCAUUCAAAAAAGACUAAAAGAAAAUGAUGCAGAUGCAACUGCACCUCCAUAUGAUUCUCUUGCAACAUAUGCCUAUGAAGGAAAUGAUUCCAUUGCUGAGUCUUUAAGUUCCUUGGAAUCACCUGCACCUGAAGAAAAUCAUAAUUAUCAUUAUCUAAAUGAGUGGGGGCCACGAUUUAAAAAGCUGGCAGAUUUAUAUGGAGGUGAUGAAAGUGAUUAAUGAGGCUUAUGCAGUUAUCAAUAUUAAAGAUAAAAUAGAUUGCUGUAAGUAACAUAUUCCACAUAUUUAAAUGCUGUAGAUAUGUUCAUAACUAUUUUGCUACCCUUGAUACCUGAAACAACAAUUAAGUAACAGUAAUGCAUUUUUAAUGAAGUGUAUGGUAAAACAAAAAUGCUAAAAACCUGUUGUGUGCCUUUACCAUACUAUCUUUUAGUUACUUUAUAUAUUUUAGUUUAUUAAAACCCCUAUUUUACAUAAAUCAUACACAUACAGUGAACAAGCAUUUACAUAAAAAAGCAAACCAAAACAGAGAUAUGGAUAAUGUUUAUUUUAAAAUAAUAUUUACUAUGUUAUUUAUUCAAUGAGAGUGUGUGAUUCUAUGUUCAUUCUAUUUUUGUACAUGUAAAAUUAUAUUUUUGUAUUUUGAGAAAUAAAAAUUAUUUGUAAUAAAAGUA